AUUCGAUUGACAUUAUUUAUUAUCAUAUCCUUAACAUUCGUUGAAUUAUAUGUACUUUUAAUUCCGAUGUGCUCGCUCAAAUUUGCAGUUAAGACGCAGACGCUUUUUUAUACCUGCCAAUUCGAGUUCAAAUUUUCUUUAAAUUUUUUAAACCAAUAAUAUUCAGGUUAUUUGUCGCCUACCUAUUUUAACUUUGAAAAAAAAAAAUGAAAUCCAGAGAAAAUUCACCUAAUGAUAUUCCUAAAGAGGUUCCAGAAAUUCUAAGCAGUGAAACUGCAGUACCCUCGAUAUGGCUAUCUAAACGUAUCUUGGUAACAUUCUUAAUAUUUUUAGGUCUAAUCAACUUGAGCUUUAUAAAAGGAAACAUCAGCAUAGCAAUGGUGGAUAUGACAUCGAGAAAACUUUUGGUUCAAGGUAACCAAACAAUCAUUCAGCCAGCAGAAUUUGACUGGGAAUCAACAACCAAAGCGCUAAUACUGAAUGUGUACGCAUAUGGUGGCUUAUGCUCCUUUCUUUUAUCCUCUUUACCAGCAAAAUUAGGAGGUUCCAGAACCUAUGGAACGAUCAUGAUGCUAUUGAGUGUUCUAACAAUGUUCACACCAGUCGGUUUACACUUGGAUUUUAGGUGUUUGUUGGCACUUCGUUUUAUAAUUGGAUUUUUCGAAAAUAUAGCUUUUUCGAGUACUUCGGAUGUAUUCCGACACUGGAUCCCACUGAUAGAAAGAUCACGUCUAAUGUCAUUCAGUCAUAAUGGAACAUACAUUGGGGCAGCUCUUCUAUAUUCUGUGUGCGGAUUUUUGGCUCAUAAAUGGGGAUGGUCGAUGGUAUUUUAUUCGACAGGCCUGUGUACCUUUAUUUGGUCACUAAUUUGGUUGAUUCUCGUACCAAAUGAUCCUUCGACAGACAGAUGGAUUUCAAAAAGUGAACUUUCUUAUAUACUUGCUGAAAUUGAGACCACUGCUCCGUCCACUGGCAAAAUUUCCACUCCGUAUAAAAGUAUACUCACCUCGGUGCCAUUUUGGGCUUUGGCUAUGAGUAGGAUCUGCUUAGGAUGGUCAGUGGCAGUCAUAUACCAAUGUCUUCCUUUAUUUGUCAAAGAUGCCACUCAAAAGACAACAGAUUUGGUAGGAUUCCUAUCUUCUAUUCCUAGCAUCGUGUGUGCAGUCUUGAUACCAAUACUGGGUACAGUUAUGAAUUACUGGAAGAAUAAGUCCAACAUAAAAUACACGAAGAUGCACAAAAUAAUCAUCGGAUUCAACUUUUUUGUCGGAGGAUGUCUCGUAGCAGCUGCUGCCUCGAUGUCUAAUUUCAUAGUAUCCAUCACGUGCUUUGCUAUUGUAAGAACACUGCUGUCAUGCAGUGCUUUAGUUUUACUAAUGGUGAUGGUCCACAUGGCACCAAAUCAUUCGGGCGCAGUGACAGCUUUAACCACUUUUUGGUACUCGUUGGGUAAUAUUUUAGCGCAAUACUUCAUCGGGGUGAUCACUAUUGAUCAUAGUUCUGAAGAAUGGAAUCAAGUGUUCUAUUUGACAGCAGCUGUGAUGAUUUUUAGCGCCAUUAGUUUCGUAAUUUGCGGCUCAAGUGAACCUCAGUCGUGGUCUAACGUAUCAGUUGAAGCAGAUUCAGAAAAAAAAUCAUAGGGACUCGUAAUGAAUAACGUGUAAAAUAUGAUCAACUUGCCAGAUUAAAUAAAAAGUAAUUGUGA